CCAACUGAGACGUAGAGGAUUGAGCGGAUCCUGAAGGUGUAGGUACAAGUAUAUGCUGAGCCAGCUGGGGCACAACCUGGCGUGAGAUGGAAGAGAAAGACAACAAAACUAUAAUAUAAAUAUGAUGAUCGUAGAAAAGGAACCACGUCCAGAAGCGGGCCAAGCCUCAAGAGGUGACUGAAUCCUCUUAGGUAGAUACCGAGGGGAUAUCUGGAACAGACAGACAGUAGUGGGAAAUGAGGGUCCGGGCACUUGGCCUUUUAUUGCACCCGUACGGAGCAUGCGCCUGCAUUUCUUUCCUGGUCCUUUUUUUUAUUUUUUUUUAUUAUUUUUCUUUGCCUGGACUAAAAUGUCUUAUCUUCCCAAACAACCCCCAGGCAGCAGAUUCUGCAGUCUUGCCACGUUCAACUCACGAGGGAACUAGAAGCACCGAAAGCUUGCAGUGGCUUUUACAUCUGAACAUGACGGGAAGUGGCGCAUCAGAAAAUCAAAAGAAACGACGAAGGGGGCUGAUCUGUUCCAAACCGCUGGGUCUCCCGGAAUCCAGGUUCGGCACAGAAACGGGGAUUGGCCAUCGAGGGCUAACAAAAAUUAAAGAAGCCUGAAAGGAAGGAAAGUCUGGAGCUGCGAAGUGGGCCGGGUCGAU